CAAAUUCUCGCUCGUUUUUCCCACGCCUGGGCGGUAUCGGAUUACGGCUGUUGUGUUAUUAUCUCGCGUCAUCGACUCGCGCAACAGAGGUCAGCCCUAAAAUCCCGCUCGGCCCCGCAUCUCCUGCUACUGGCCAGCAGGCGGACAAUCACCACCACCAUAGCCCAGCGUCCACUGCGGCUGUCCUGAGCGCUCAGGCAUCUUGUCGCAUUGCUGCCACCUGACUGGUAUUGAUAGCUGCCAUCCAGCUGCGGCCCAUUCAUCUGCAGCGCGCUGCUUCGUCAGCGCAUCGCCCCAGCCGCAAUGCCCCCUCCGCCAGACGACUGGAAAAAGGAAGAGUGGGACCUGCCAUUAUGGAUCACUGAAGAUGCUAUUGUGCCAACCAUUGUCACCACGGUAAUUCCAGAUCCGCUUCCUCCGCUGCCCCAGGUCACGGUGCCAAUCGAUACUGCCUCCAUGGCCUCUCCAACGCAGCCACCGAGCGACAGUACGCGGACAAGAUACCGGCCCAGCACACGGCCCGAUGGCUAUCCUUCUACUCUACCCUGGCCACCAUAUUCACUCGGAGCCCCCACUCCGGCGACAGACAGUUGGGAGACGUCGGUAUCAACAACAGCUGUUUUUCUACAAACACCGUAUCCCGAGACGCAGAACACGGCCCCUGCGUCGACAGCUGAUGGCUUUACGGCAACAGGCACGAGAGCAGCAUCGCCUUCUCCAGUCAUUCCACACAAAGGUCGGCCUUCUGACUGGGGUUGGGCCAACAAGGGCACCAAUCAUGCGCCGAUAUACGCAAUAGCCACUGUGGUUCCCAUCGUUCUCCUUGCCAUCAUUGCAGCUGUUGCGUUAGUGUGCCUGCGCAGGCGCAAGAGGCGCAAGGCUGCAGAGGCUGCUGCACAAGCUGCUACCCAGGAAAUGAAGAAGGACAUGGACGAGGUCACCGUACAAGCUCAUAUAGCACAACCGCCCUCGCCGCCGCUAUCACCACCACCGCCAGCAGUAUCUGUGUCACGGCACUAUACUGCGCCGCCAGACCAUCUUCCACCGACGUCUACUCCGAGUCAAUUCCAACCCAUCAUAUUAGGACCCAUCAAUCCAUCGUCCAACGGUGCCUAUCUCACUGGAAUAGACACUUCAGACAUGGUGCCGAUCAACUCGGGGCCGCAGACACUUGUCGAUCCAUUCGCAGACAACCACAGCCUCUCGGAGCCACCGCCGCCGUAUCGACCCAGCAGCGUAGCUCCGCCGAGCUUCACAACCAAUUCAAGACCGAGCAGCGUGCGAGUGCCCGUCAGCCCGGUGUGUCCGCAUGGGGCAGAGCGGUCACCGUUUGAUGAUCCCGACGAUGGCGUGUCUAUCUUGUCGGAACUUUCCUUCCAACGCGAGCGCUUUACCGGCCGACAGUCUUGGCGAUGAUUCUGUGUGGAUGCUUUUCUUUGUACAUAUAUUCAUGGUUCAGGGCAUUUUUUCGCGUUUGUCUCGUCGUCUGGUUUCUUCGAGUAUGCUGUUUGGCGUUGCCGGUUUCGGUCCUGGAGGAGAUGAUCACGUGCCUACGCAAGCAUCCAGGCGCGCCAUUACAUAUACCAAUGUAUAUAUAGCAGCGCCUAUGACGAAUCCACAUAUAAUGACGU